UGCAAAAUGGCCGCCAAGUAAUUAGAUAAACACGGAAACAAGUUAUUUUAAGUAUUUAAUACGCUUUUGUUACCGAUAAUAAUGCAUUCAGUGGUGACAUAUUAUUGCUCACAAUGAAUAAUAUAAUUUUUGACAAUUGAUAUGUGUUAAAUUAACGAAUUCAAAUCCUUAAUAUAUAUUAUUCAGUUGUAAACAUACCUUGACAUUUGUAAACAAACAUAAUGUCUUAAAAAAUGGAAGAAAUUCUACAACUUCAGUAUGUCUGAGAAUUGAUUGCGUAUAUCUAUGAGCGUCAUUAACAGAAAUUCGACACAUGUGGGUGUCUAUGCUGAUCUGAAAGGUGGUUUUACUCCCACAUUUCCGCGGAGGCAUAACUUGUCGCAUUCAGAGGAUGCGAUUCAGAAUGAGCGGAAGGUUGGUGAAAAGACUUCUAAUAAUAUGCCAACCACUAACUCAGAUCACAUGAGUCAGACUGCAAGCUCACAUGUACCAAAAUGGAAAGCAACACCAGGGGUUCAGGGCAUUUACAAUCAUGGAAAUACAUGUUUUAUGAACACAAUAUUACAGUGUUUGAGUAAUACAGAUAUAUUUGCUGAAUACUUUGUUCAGAAGAAAUUCAAAGAUGUCUUGAACAAUAAAGGAUUAAAGAGAAUUGUAGGCAAUGUGAAGGGUGAAGUUAGUGAGCAGCUGGCAUGUCUGCUAGAAAGCUUGUGGUCAGGCGAUUACACUGCAGACAUAUCUGGACAACUCAAGUCUGUAGUCAGCAAAUACAACUCCCAGUAUAAAGGAUCAUUGCAGCACGAUGCCCAAGAGUUUUUACUUUGGUUGUUGGAUAGAAUCAAUGAAGAAAUCCAUCAAGGUGGAAAGAAAAAAUCUAAAGAUGUUCAGAAAAGUAAAAAAGAAAAGCUUAUUGAAGCCUCAUUCGCCAGUAGCAGUCCAGACAUGGUCCUCAUAGCUGCCAGUGGAUUUGAAGUGUACAACCGCUUCCAGGCCCUGUACCAGUCAUCCUUGUCUUGUCCAAACUGUGAAAAACACAGCAAUACUUUUGAAUCGUAUCUCUGCCUUUCAAUACCUGUACCCCAGAAAGCCACUCGUCCAGUAUUUCUGACCAUAGUGUACCUGGAUGAAAAUCCAAAGCAGUUGAAGAUUGCCCUUGAAAUGAAUGUGAUGGACAGUGUUAAUGAUCUGCGUUCGAAAUUGUCUGUUGAACUCCGUGUCAAUACAAAUCGACUUGUGUUGUGCCAAAUAAACAGCGAUGGAUUUGGGAAUACAUUCAGUGAUGAUCAGCCCCUCACUGACAUUCACGAAUCAGAAAAUGUAUUUGUGUUUGAAACUUUUCCACUCAGUGAAGUGAACAAAACGCCUGAUGAAGACAUGAUUCAAAUACUCCUUGUGCAUGUGGAAAAGUUUACAUCUACUAAAAAAAGUUUCAGAUUCUGUCCACCUGAGGUGCUGAAGAUUCCCCGAGACAUUGACUUUCGCCAGCUGCAGAGGUGCAUCCUCAAGAGCAUGAGAGAGGCGGUGUCAGAGGAGCUCGUAGAGAAAAGUGUGCGUUUAGAACGUAUCAUAUUUGAUGUUCGUGUGAUCGACAGUGGACCUUCAGACAUGUACUUGCCAACAGAUGUAGACAUGCCCUUGUACACAGAGGCUAUAGACAGAGCACUGUCCACCUAUGAUGCAAAGUUUGGUCCGGCACAUGUGAAGUUUGUCGUGGAAUGGGACCCACGUAUGAAGAACAGCUAUGUGGAGCUGGAUGAUGACCAGUUGGAGGAACAUGACUCUGUGCACACGGCGCGGCUAAACCUGCAGCAGCCCACCUCUGUCUCCCUCGAGGACUGUCUCCGGGUCUUCACCAAGGAGGAACGGCUGGGUGAGGGAGAUGCCUGGAACUGCCCUGUGUGUGGCAAGGUGCCAGACGGGGCCAUCAAGAAGCUUGGUCUCUGGUCCACCCCUGAUAUUCUAGUCAUACACCUCAAACGAUUCAGACACUGUGGAUUGCACAAGAGCAAGGUCAACGUUCUCGUCAACUUCCCAGUGGGUGACCUUGACAUGACCCCACAUCUAUUAUUAGAAACACCGGGAGGCUCCGAUGAAGAGCUGUACAAUCAUUACGACCUUUAUGCCGUUGCCAAUCACUAUGGUAACAUGAGUGGUGGACAUUACACAGCAUUCUGCAAGAACCCCGUAGAUAUGAAGUGGUAUGAAUAUGAUGACACCAAUGUGAAACCCCUGUCACGUCAGGACAUUGUAACUAAAGCUGCAUACCUCUUGUUCUACCAACGAAAGGGUCUAACAAAUUACACUCUGAACAGUUUACAAACAAGGAAUCACUGGGUUUUCUCACUAAACAAGCUGCCAUUAAGCAAGGAUGAGUUGACAAGUCGACCCUCAUCAGACCAGGUUCCGGGUAGAAAAGUUCUUGCUAAUGCAUCAAGUGAGGGCAAGAAUGGGUCAAGUGAUCCUGAGUUUAAUGACCUUUAUUUAAACAAAGUGCGACUCGAACCUGAUGGCCACAGUGGGAAUAGGAAAGACCUGAGUUUGGACGUUGCUGCGAUUUCACUCAAAGAUGCUGAGGAGCACAGGAAUGCAAGUCCUAGAAAAGAUUUGCAGAGUAGAGAUUAUUAUGGAGAUAGCGUGCGAUCUGAAAUCAAUUCUCCGAAGGAUAUUAGCUCUCCCAGGGACAGAGAUAGGGAUGAUUUUGGGAUAAAUUCUCCCAGGCAGCAGGCCAAAAAUGCUGUUCAUGAAUCCCCAAGAAAAGAGCUAUUCCAACCCCAGGAUCCAUUUGUAUCUCACAAAACUUACAGCAGUGAAGUUAUUCCUAGAAACACUGACAGGCAUAAACAAAGUGUCGCUGAGCAGAUCUUGAGAAGUAAAACCUUGGAAGAAAACACGACCCAGUCUGGGAGACCUAUCCCCCCACCCAGACAAGCCAGUGACCGAUAUAGAAGGUCAGAUAGCGUAGAUUCCAGCAAGAAUAGCAAGUCUCUGACCUCUGGAAGUGACGGCAGUGCCCCCUCGUCUCCACAAGACCCAUUUCAACAACCCAGCCCCAGUGCUUGUCAGCAGCAAAGCAGCCCAACAGCUUAUCAGUCCUUUCCCAGCGCUGGAAUCCUUGUCCCAUCUAAUGCGGGGACUUACGUUUUGUUGCAGCAAUCCAUGCCGUCUCACCAGGCUGAUCUGUACCAGCAGGAGCCAAUGAGAGCGGCUGCCCAGUUUCAACAGCCAGAUGUUUAUCAGCAACAGCAGAGUGUAGGGGCUUAUCAUACUCAGUCAGACAGUUCUUACUAUUUAAGUAAUAGUGCAACGGGCUUGACAAAGGCUGGCCCGCAGGCUGGUCUAAAUAAUGAGAGAAACAUAACAAUUACUAAUGGGUCAGUAUCCAACAGCGAGAAACUCAAAAUUCACUCAAAUAAAAUCAGUAAAUCCAAAAGUGAAAAGCAUCCCAAGCCUUCAGAUUCUCGGAGCAACAAGCUAGUAAAUCAAACAGCCCAGAAUCGAACAAGCCAACAUCCAGUGACACCAGAUUCCCCUCCAUAUCGACCCGAUGCUUUCGCCACCCCUCAGCAGAUGAGGAAGUCACCCUCUCCUCCCCUCCCAAAGCGCUCCUUCUCCACCCCUCAACCUGUGAGGAAGAGUUACCCAGAGCCUUCAAGGCCUAUGGUUGACAGACAGUUUUCCAAAGAACCUGCAAGGCUAGUGGUGGACAGACAGUGUUCCGGUCCCCAAAACUCAGAAAAGCCUCUUGUCAAUAUUGACAAGCAAGGUUUUAAUAUGGCGGUUGAAGGUCAUCGAAUUUACGACAGUCAGCCCAAGAGUCUUCCAGCUGACCAGGUUUCAAGGUCAUCUGCUGCUGAUAAGCCUCCAUUGCCAAGGUCAAGUGCUUCAUUGCCAAGGUCAAGUGCUUUGGGUCAGUCCACUUUAAGAUCACAAGAGAUGAAACCCAGUGCAAGGAUGUCAGACAGGGGCCUUAGUUCAAGGUCAAGGCAGCCAUUCACAGAGGGUAUAAAGAGUGAGGGGUUGAAUGGCAAUGACCUCGAGGAUAAAAGAUCAAGGCCAGUUGUUAGAAUGAGAAAUCGGUCUGCAGACAGACAAUCUGACAACCGGCGAAGUGUCCGCUUAAAAACUGAGCGCCCACUGUCCUAUCAUCAGUCUGCCAGUGAGUACAGCGACGAAUACUACCUAUCUCAACCUGUAGAUGAAACAGCAUUUGAGCGUACCAGCCGUUAUGCCACAAUACGCCACCAGCCAUGCGCGGACCCCAUACUUGACUCACACAACGACUCCUACACCACAUUUGAUACUGGAUACUCGUCCUUACAGUCCUCCGACUUUCCCGAUGCAUCUAUUUAUCAGCCGCCCCGCUCGCGCGCACCGUACAAUCCCCACCUGUACGUGGACAGGUAUCAGCCCCACCUGCACACGGAGAAGAUGAUCCAGCGACUUGCCAUCAAACAACGCAAGUCUCGGUCCCAGCAGAAUUGCUUGAAGGAGUCCAGUGUGUGAACAUAGUCUGAGUGAAAGCACAAUCAACUGACAAUGUUAUGUCUGUUUAUAAAACAAGUGAAAAUUGUUUGUCUCUGUGACCAAUAGACAAAGUUGUGUUUACAUUAAAAUCUGCUACAAGGUCUCAAGCAUGUAAUCACAUAUUGGUCACGUCCAAAUUAGUUGAGGAAGUUGAAUACCUACUCACACACAAUUCUAACUCACUGUUAAAUGUGUUUUUAAGAUGCAAAUCUCUAAAAAUGAGGAUGCGUAACCUAUUUCUUAUAAUCUAUAAGUGUAAUGUUUAUACAAGUGUUUUUCAUCGGCAUGAUACUGAGAGAAGGCUGUAUGACUAAGCCAUGCUGCAGAUGUGGCAAAAUAAGUGUCCAUGUUGACCUGCAUGUCUGAGGCAUGCAAUGAGAUUUGCCAAACUUUAAUGUAAAAUUAAGUUGAAUAUGAUAAACGAUUUUGACACUCCUCGAUGGAAAUACCUCAUGUGUGUUCAUUAAUGAAUAUUAUUGAAUGAGAGAUUAUGUGCAGGUUUUGAAUGCAUUUGAUUUUGUUUCAGAUAUUUGGAAUAUGUAUAAUGCAGACACAAACAAUUGAUGUAUUAAAGUUUGUCCAAUGUGGUAGACAGAGUAUGUUAGAAAUAGUAGAUUUACAUGUACCCGGUAACUACAAUUUGUGCUAAUUAUUUGUCAAGAGUUGAAAUGAAAAGGGCUUAAAAGAUCAAGAGGAGAUAAAAGUGUCUCAUUUAAGAAAUGUGUCACUGAUACAAAUGAGUCUCUGGGAAAACCAGGCUUAAUGAAUGUGUGUAAAGUAUUGGCCUAGAUUAGCCUGCGCACUCUGCACUGGUUAAUCAGGGACAACACUUUCUGCAUAGCCUGGAUUUAUGUUAGGAGAUAAUUCAAUGAACAAUUCCACAAAAGUGGAAAGUAAUAAUCUCCAGAAAAUACUUAAUGAACAUGCAUUAAGAGUGGUUUUCACAGAGACUGUGGCACAAAUAUUCACGUGUUGUACACUCCAUCCUCAAAGUGCUGGUAUAUGAGCGUUUUUUGUAGAGAAGGUAUGAUUCAAGUGUUAAUGUGUUACUGAAUUCCAUGUUAAUGUAGCAAGAUUGUUGAUAAUGUUGCUUUAUUAUGUAAAUGUUGUAGAUAUAUUUACAAUUGCCAUUAUAAUGUUUUCCGAAGAAAAAGCAUUACCCUUGCACAGAUUCUGUUAGUUAUGAGAUUACAUUUUCUUCCUUGCAUAGAACUGUGAUCAUAUUCAAUUCACUGUCAUGUUGAAGCAUUGUAUUUAAGUCAUUACUGUAAACAUAAUGUAUUAACAAAUUAAGUCUAUGUUUGUGAAUCUCAGUUACUUUCAGUUUCAUACAUUGUGUACAGUUAGUUUUAAAUAUUUGCAGGGUAAACAAUUUACAAAGAAACUUGCACACAAGUGAACAGUUAGGUUUUACUGACUUUCGAUUAGCAUGCUAAUGGCCAGCAAUGUUGUAACAUACUGUAUUGCUUACUUACUAGGUAUGAAUAGUAAAUUACCCAGUAGGAUGUGUUUGUGUUUAAUUUAACCCAUUUAUGCCUAGCGUCUAGAAAAAAGGCCUUGGCAAACAGCAUAGACCCAGAUGAGACGCAGCAUGAUGCGGCGUCUCAUCAGGUUCUGCACUGUUCGCUUAAAGAAAUUUCUGUAAGAAAUAUUCUAAAUAUAGAAAUAAAUGUACUAGACAUCCCUAAUUUUGGAAAUAAAUUGAUCCAAUUUAGAAGGAUGGGAGUGUCCACUAGGCAUAAAUGGGUUAAUCAUGAGUAUGAUGUUACAUUGAAUCCAGGUUUGGUACAAAUAGACAUUUAAAUACCUCAAUUCAUAUGCAUUAAAUGUAUCUAUAUCUAGUGCUAGAUAGUUUGGUUACUGCAAGCGGACUAAACCUGUUAAGCAUUAAACUGAUACUGCUACAAACAAUGUAUUUACAGUUUCAGUGCUUAGCAAAUACCAAUAACUAUUAUUGCAAAUGUAUUACAACUCUUCUUGCAGGACAAUAUUGGUCUUUAUUUGUUGUACUAGACGCCAAUUAAUGGUUUUUACCCAAUAUAUGAAAUCUGAACACAUCUUACAAGUCAUGUUUUAAAUGAUGUAUAUUUUACUAAGUUUUAAGAUUUAAAAAGUUGCUUCUAUUUUUAUUUUUGAAAUACAAACUUUCCUGUGAUUAAAAUUAUGAAGCAUUCCAUAUAUUAUUAGUUGUCAGUGGAAAAAAUAAUUGUAUUGUAUAGCAAAAUAUUACAUUAGUAUUAGAUACUAUUUUAGUAACAAAACAAGUUUCCUAUUUUAUAUUUAAUAGAAAGCAAUGCUUAAUUACUUUAUUAGAAUAAAUUACUGUAGAAACUAGAUGGUCAUAUUUUUUCUAGAUGCAACAUUUAUAAUAGUUUGUUUUUAUUAAAUAUUAUAAUCAUGUACAUAAUCUGUCAGAUUAUGGCAGAAGACUGAUAAAUGGCCUAAUUGAUAUUUUACUGUACACAUUUUCCAAAAAUCUGUAAAAGUAACUGAUUUGAAUUCUGUAGCAAAGCUACCAUACUGUAAAUGUCUGUUAUUGAGGACAUUCCAUUUCUUUUCAUGACACAAAUAUAUAUUUAUCAACUUUUCUUAAAUUUCAUACUACUUACUUCCUUUUUAAAUUUUAUAGGAGUAACAUAAUCUUACUUAAAUACUGAGAAAAAAUAAUUUUACAUUAAAGUAUACGUAGAUAAUUUGUAUUAACACAAAGUAAAAAAAGGUAAAGGCAUAGCAGGUUUUUAUGUUUCAUUAUUUUUAUACAUGUAAUCAUUUUAUCUUUGAAGUAUCAAUUCGGUGUUGUGUUUUAUCAAACUUUGACAGUGUCAUGUAACACAAAGAUCUGUUAAAGACCUUUAAAGUGCUAUUAAUUAUCUUGUUAAUGUAUUCACAUCAAAAGUUAUUUUAGUAAAAAUAGUUUUCUUAUACCAUGUUGUUAAUCACAAAGUGAUGCAUUUGUUAGAACCCACAGUUUUUCAAUUUUUAAAGAUUUUAUAUAACAUUUAUUUGGCAUGUGAUAACAGUUCAUGCAUAUCAUAAACCUGUAAAUACUGUAAAUAUAUGUUUGUGAAACAAUAAAUAGCAUGCUUGUACUUGUACAUUAAAAUGUUGAUUCUUUGAUUUUGGAGAUGUGUUUUCUAGUGUUAAUCUACAAUCACAAAAGGUUUGAGAGUAUCUUACAAAGGUUAAAACAACUAAAUGUACAUUCACAUUUGUUUUGUUAUUCAUAUAUUUCUCUCAAACAUUAAUGAUUAGAUCUAAUGUUUAAACACGGAUUAUAUGGCACAUAUUUGACAGUUUGUUUUUCUUGGUCUAUUAUUAUUUGCCAAGGAUAUUACCAAAUCGUAUCCUGAUUUUUUUCUAGAUAAGAAUUAUUAACAAAGUGUGGUGCAGGUAAAAAAUGUAUCUACCCUGGUUGGCUUCUAAUUUCAUAACUGUAUUACUUUUGCUUUUACAAAACUGUUGCUGUGUGAGAACAUCAUGAGUUAACUGUUAAUCCUUUACCACUUAGAUACGUAUUUUGACACAUUUGUUGUUCCAUAGAAAGUUAAAUUUAAUUAAAUACCUUUCUUACUAAAUUCAAGCUUUAAAGGCUUCAUUUCAAUACCUUAGUUAUUGAUGAGCAGCAGACAACAUUAAACCUGAACAGACUGCGAGUUACUUCCAGGCUGUUCUGGUUUUACGCUGGUUGCAAAAGUCAUUUUCACUUUGCUUCUUAUUGGGGAAAGGGUGAAGGUGUGAAGCUUUUGUGGUCAGUUGCAUCCAGCUUCCCAUAUAAAAAAUUUCUUCAAAAUACUAAACGUGUGAAACCACCAUGUGGAUUUUGUCCCAACAUAUCAGAAAGGUUUAUGAGGUACCCAUUGACCAAAUGUCUUCAUAUCAAAGAAAUAUUUUGAAGCUAUGUUAUCCCUUGUAACCAAAAACUUCUUUAAGCUUAAAAAAACAAGCAACUAUAAAACUGGUCAGAAAUCAAUUGCUGUAUUUCAAAUAGUUUUCACUGAAAUAAAUCUUCAAAAGUGAUCAUCAGACUUACCAGUAAAACUUAAUUCACCAGAAAUGUUCAUGUGUUGACCCUCUACACACUUUCUAUGAAUAAUGGUGCUUUUGUAACACAAAAAACACAUGGAUGUCAUGGAGUGUCAGUUUCCCUAAAAUUGUUAUUUUGGAAAACGCUGAAAAUCCUAGAAACUGUUGAAACUGUUAUCUUAUUUCAAAAUAUUAUGGUAACAUUUAAAAAUGAUUUUGGCAGUAACCAGCUUCCUUAUUCUUUAACUUCAUAUUACAAACAACAUCAUGAUGCAUCUCAGUUGUUUUCAAUAUAUUCUCAAAAUUUGAUUAUCAGAUUUUAAAACAAUUUUAGAAAUGUGCCUGUACCAAAUUUCUCAAAAUUAUUUUCACUCAUCAAAAAUUGAUCAAUCACAGGGUUUGACAGUUUUCUUUUCAGGCACAUGACACAUUCAUGAUUGAUAUGACUUAUUCAAAAUUUGGAGAAACUUAUGAAGUGAUUUAAAACUUUUUUUUCGGCCAUUCAGCCUGGUGGUACUAAUAAUGGAGCAAUAUUUAGCCGAUUGCUUAUUCACUCUUAACAUAUGAGCUGCGUCGUGAGUGAAUGGGUCUUAAAGCAUAUGCAGCCAGCUAAGCUCUUUCCCAGCACAGUCUGUUGAGGAGCUACGCUGUCCGUUAAUGAGAGAACAAAACCUUGCAUGACUUAACUGCGAACAUGGUAGCUCCUUACCAUUCUGUGGUUUAGAAAUAUGCUGGCUGCAUUUGACACAAUACCCAUUUUCGUACUAAGUGUUUCAAAUGAUUUUUUUCCUGCUCCAUCCCUACAACACCCCGAUUUGAAAACAAGUAGGAUCAAAGGUCAGCACCCUGAUGUUAAAUCUGGAUACUAUUUGUGUUGUUCAAAACUUAUUUUUAGUUGCUGUCAAUUAUUGUCUUAAUUAAAUCUUGCCUGAUUAGAAGGGUUGAUUUGUGAAUAUUUUAGUAUUUAUUGUAAUUUUUUUUAGUCAAGUGUGAUGUGAAUAAAAAUAUAUUCAUGUUUUUUUGUACAGUAUUGUUAAUGUGUAAGACAUUUUGUAUUUCUUUUCUAUUUCUUGUUUUCAUUACGUUUUCCAUAUUGGAUCAUUUACAAAAUGACAUUCAAUGAAAUCUUAAUUUAUUUUCUUAAACAUUUCAUUAAUUUAUUUUCUUUAACAUGUUAUUGUUUAUGGUCACCUAUUGCACAAAUUUAGUUUGAUACUUAAAUUCUGUGUGCUUACUUUGACAAUUCAUGUUAUGUGUAACUAAACAGUCUUUACUAAUUGUUUAAACUCAUUUAUCAGAUCAUACUUACAUAUACAUACAAUACAGUUUCUUGUGGUCAAAACAAAGACAAAAUGUAGAAAAUAAACAUGGAUUUACUUAGACAUUUGUUAGAAUCAUUAGGAACUGUUGGUUCAUUCAACAGACAUAAUGCUUGCAUACCUUAAUUAGUUGUGCUACUUUCUCUUGUUGAUUAACUGUGUCCUCUUCAGUCGUCCAUGACAAAAACUCUGAAUAGUAGUUCUUUUGUAGAGAAAUGUAUGUAAACUGGUGUCAAUUCUCUGUUUGAUUUUAUUAGCUCGGCUGUUUUCGGAGAAAACCCGAAGGUAUUGUCAUAGCCAGCUCGUCGUGUCAUGUUGUGUCCGUAGUCGUGUCUUCCGUCAGCGUCGUGCUACAACCUUAACAUUUUGUCAAGGUGCUUCAACCUACAACUUUGAAACUUCAUAUGUAGCUGAACUUUGAUGAGUUCUACAUGCCACACCAAUUUUCGGGUCACUUGGUCAAAGGUUAAGGUCACUGUGACCUCAAAAAAAAAUAAUUUUUUUUUUAAAGCAUUCAAAUCUGCACCCGCAGCCGAGCGUGGCACCCGUUAUGUGGUGCUCUUGUUUAAAAGAAAUAUUAAAGUGCCAUUUGUUUUAAAUCAAUUUUCGGUAUGAGUGGGAGAUUUGGGAUGGAAGUUAUGUUACAUUUUUUUUGGUGAAAAUGAAAAUUAAUUCAAAUCAAAAUCAUUAUUAAUAUUUUGAAUUUUGAAAUUAAUUUGAAUGCAUUUAAGUAUUACAUUUUUUCUAACAGAACAAACAUUUUUAUUUGGAACUGUUUAAUGUCCAACUAACCACUUGCCAAGCAAACCCGUGAUGUGCCCAAUCAUAGAUGUGGAAAAUUGUGAAAUAAUAUUGAACAAAAACAAACGCCAUUUAUCUCAUUAUUAAUUAUCAUUUAUGAAGGUUAUGAUAUUCCUCAAUAAACUCCAAUUAAACACAGCAUUCAAAUAACAUACAUUGUUCCUUAUAAUUUGAAAUUAUGCAUGUGAGUUUUGACCACCCUAUGCUAAAUAUUACAAAAGUCAUGCAUCUUUUUCUACUUUAACGUUGUUGCAGUUUUGUCCAGAGAAUUUUUCCUGCACCUUUUAAUGUACAACACCCAAAUUCACAUGACUUGUGCCGCAUUAUAUGAAGCUGCACAUAGCUUUUGUCGUCACCUCUGUCACAAACUUUAGUUUACAUUAAACAUAAAUAUUAUGUACUUUUAAAUCACAUUGUAGCCUGAAUGUUAUGUUUUCUAAUCUAUGUUUAAAAAUAAUUAUUUGUUAUUCUGCAAACAUAUGUUAACUGUGCAGUCUAAAAAUCAAUAUUCAUAUGUGCAUAUUUGUAAAUAUUACAUUUACUAUUGUU